UCUACUCCACAGAUCUUACAGGUGAAUCUAGUGAUGUCCAUGUUGCUGUAUGUGUUGUUCCUAGUGUACCUCUAUGGUAUCCAGGCAACGCACAUGGAGCGCCAGCAGCCCCCACCCACCCAGGACCCCAUCAACUCCCUCAUCAUCCAGCUGCUGCAGGCGGACCUGACCCGCGGCCGGGGGAGACAGGUGGAGGGCCAGGACGGGCGGGCCCAGGACACAUCGCCACCGGUGGGCCUGGACGACACUAAAUUCCUGGAGAGGCGGAGCACGCUGUACCAGCCAAUGGCAGGCCUGUCGUCCGACCUGCUGCUGCAGCAGAAAAACUCCAACUCUCCCCGGGUCCUGCUGAGUGAGCGGGCGCCCCUGCAGCCUCCUCCGCUCUACUCCAUAGAUGACUACGUGGGCAGCUCUGAUGGAACCAACAAGACACGCAGGAAGAGAUACGCAGAACACAAGAGCUACCGCGGGGAGUUCUCCGUCUGUGACAGCGAAUCACAGUGGGUGACAGACAAGACAAAUGCUAUGGACAUCAGGGGUCGUCAGGUCACCGUCCUGGGUCAGAUAAAGACGGGGACCACCGACAGCAGCUUUGUUAAGCAGUACUUCUAUGAGACCAAGUGUCGGACUGCCAAACCUUUUAAGAGCGGCUGUCGCGGCAUCGAUGACAAGCACUGGAACUCACAGUGUAAGACGUCUCAGACGUAUGUCAGAGCUCUGACACAGGACCGGACCUCUGUGGGCUGGCGCUGGAUACGGAUAGACACUUCCUGUGUCUGUGCGUUGUCACGGAAACACCGCAGGACGUAAACACACACAACCCGACCACUGAGACGUUAUGGAAUGUAUUUCCUUAUGGUGAGGGGGGGGCUGUACAUAUAAAUUAUUAUUUAAGUUAUAUGAAAGGCUAUAUGAUAUAUAAAUAUAUGUGUUAUUUAUUGAAGUCAUCAUCAAAGGAAAAUCAAAAAAAAGAAAACUAUGAACUCCUAUGAGAAUCGACCAUGCGGCUCCACAGGCACCACACAGCCUAGCAUCUUCAGACUCAGACCAUAGGACAGUACAGCCUAGCAUGGAGAGACUCUACCAUUGGGCUGGACAGUACAGCCUAGCAUGGAGAGACUCUACCAUGGGGCUGGACAGUACAGCCUAGCAUGGAGAGACUCUACCAUUGGGCUGGACAGUACAGCCUAGCAUGGAGAGACUCUACCAUUGGGCGGGACAGUACAGCCUAGCAUGGAGAGACUCUACCAUGGGGCUGGACAGUACAGCCUAGCAUGGAGAGACUCUACCAUUGGGCUGGACAGUACAGCCUAGCAUGGAGAGACUCUACCAUGGGGCUGGACAGUUCAGCCUAGCAUGGAGAGACUCUACCAUUGGGCUGGACAGUACAGCCUAGCGUGGAGAGACUCUACCAUUGGGCUGGACAGUACAGCCUAGCGUGGAGAGACUCUACCAUUGGGCUGGACAGUACAGCCUAGCAUGGAGAGACUCUACCAUUGGGCUGGACAGUACAGCCUAGCAUGGAGAGACGACGUGCCUUGUUGAUAAAACAUAGAGGAUAGGACAUCACUAGGGGAUAUGACAUCACCAGGUGUAAAGUACAGGAUCUACACUGUCAUCCAGCUCAUUCUAUGACAUCGCUGCUCUGACUGUUGAAAACAGAAAUCUGGACCAAACGUUGAUGUGGACUAAAUAUGUACUUUAUGGAUAUAUGGACAAACCACACACAUGUGCUGACAUACAACAGACAUGUGCUGACAUACAGUAGUACAGACACGUACUGUCACCCAGUAAUACAGACACGUUUGGGUUUCCAUGAUGUAGUAACUGAUGGUUUUGCUGUAUCAUCCAGGCUCAAUACAUGAGGUCUGAUAUGGUGCUUUUGUACCAGACACAUGGGUGGCCUCUGGCCUGUAAGAGAUGUGGCUGUAGGAGAGGCUGGGCAGUAUGUAUGUAUGGAGCAGGUCUGUCUGUCCUCAUUAGGUCAUGUUCCACUAAUGUUAUCAGGACCAAAGCCCCCCCCCAUCCUCUCUGUUAAUCUGGUCCUGUCUGACCGUCUCCAACCUCUAACCCUAAAGCACCUCUAACCUCUAACCUCUAACCUCUAACCCUAAAGCACCUCUAA